GGCCUCCUCGCCGGAAAUCCACCAGGGAUUUUUUUUUUUUUUUUACCUCCCUGCAAAGAAAGCCCCAGGAUUGGCAUUUUAAACAAAACGGAGCCAUUUGCAUGCCUGUGGUUUGCAUGCCUUUGGGCCAGGGACUAUGGGGCUCCGGGAUGAGGCUUCACCUGCGGGUGGGGUCAGGAAGCCCAGGACUCCGGUCGCAUUCGGUUAGCCGAGGCCCGGUAAAAGGUUCUAAACCUGCAGGCCCCUGGUAGCAUCUCCGCACCCCUAAACCCCCCCCCAAGAGGCCAGGGAGCCCUCCCCGAAGCCAGGUGAAGCCGGAGGCACCGGAGCUAGGACAGAACCCACAGCCGUGCAGAGGAGGGGUCACGGGCUGCCCCCUGGUUUGCAUCCACGCCUGGGCCUUGCCCAGUUCCUGAGUGGGACCACAGGCCCGGAAGGCCAGGGCCGGCAGCCUGGCCUCUGCAACUGGGCCCCAGUCCCAACCCGUCCGUUCUAUUUAAAGGGCACUGGGUGGCCAUGCUGGGCACCUGGCCGGCAUGCUGCGCGGUGCAGCUCACCUGCUGGGCCUGCAGCUCUCCGUGGCCUGGGCGCUCAGCUGCCAUGAGACCGAGUCCUCCCCCGAAUUCAGCCUCCCUGGGGAUUACCUCCUUGCAGGCCUGCUUCCUCUCCACGGUGACCUUCAGCACGUGAGACACAGACCCGAGGUGACCCUCUGCGAUCGGCCUGACAGCUUCAAUGGCCAUGGCUACCACCUCUUCCAGGCCAUCCGGUUCGGCAUCGAGGAGAUAAACAACUCCACGACCCUGCUGCCCAACGUCACACUGGGGUAUGAGCUGUAUGACGUGUGCUCCGACUCUGCCAACGUGUACGCCACGCUGAGAGUGCUCUCCCGGCUAGGCACAGACCACGUAGAGAUCCAAGAGAACCUGCAGUACCACUCCCCCAGGGUCGUGGCUGUGAUCGGGCCUGACAACACCAGGCACGCCACCACCGCCGCUGCCUUGCUGGGCCCCUUCCUGGUGCCCCUGAUCAGCUACGAGGCCAGCAGCACGAUGCUCAGCGUGAGACGGCAGUACCCCUCAUUCCUGCGCACCAUCCCCAGCGACAAGCACCAGGUGGAGAUCAUGGUGGAGAUCAUACAGAGUUUCCAGUGGGUCUGGAUCUCACUGGUCAGCAGCGACGACAGCUAUGGACUCCGGGGGGUGCAGGCGCUGCAGGAGCUGGCCACGCCCCGGGGCAUCUGCAUUGCCCACAAGGCCAUGGUGCCUUCCUCUGCCCAGGUGGGCGACGAGAGGGUGCAGAGCAUCCUGGACCACCUGGUCCAAUCCAACACCACAGUCGUGGUUGUUUUCAGCAACCGGCAUGUGGCCUGGGUAUUCUUCAAGUCCGUGGUGCUGGCCAAGCUGACCGGCAAGGUGUGGAUCGCCUCGGGGGACUGGGCCAUCUCCACGCACAUCACCAGUGUGCCCGGGAUCCGGGGCAUCGGCAUGGUGCUGGGCGUGGCGAUCCAGCAGAGACUUGUCCCUGGUCUGCGGGAGUUUGAGGAGGCCUACGCCCGGGCACACAAGGUGGCCCCCAGGCCUUGCCUGCGGGGGUCCUGGUGCAGCGCCAAUCAGCUCUGCCAAGACUGCCAGGCCUUCACAGAACACACGACGCCCGCGCUCGGAGCCUUCUCCAUGAGUGCGGCCUACAACGCGUACCAGGCAGUGUAUGCCGUGGCCCAUGGCCUCCACCAGCUCCUGGGCUGCGCCUCCGGAGCCUGUUCCAAGCGCCAGUUCUACCCCUGGCAGCUUCUGGAGCAGAUCCGCAAGGUGAAUUUCCUUCUGCAUGAGGACAGGGUGAUGUUUACUGACGUCGGGGACCCCCUCGGUGGCUAUGACGUCAUUGCUUGGGACUGGAGUGGGCCCGAGUGGACCUUCAGGGUCAUUGGCUCCUCCCUGCGCUCUCCGGUUCAUCUGGACAUAAAUAAGACCAAAAUCCAGUGGGAUACAAAGGACAACAAGGUGCCUCAGUCCGUGUGCUCCAGCGACUGCCUGGACGGGCACCAGCGCGUGGUUGUGAGCGUUCACCACUGCUGCUUCCAGUGUGUGCCCUGCGAGGCCGGGACUUUCCUCAACAGGAGCGACCUGCACAGCUGCCAGCCUUGUGGCAAAGAAGAGUGGGCCCCCCCGGGAAGCCACACCUGCUUCCCCCGGGCCGUGGUGGUGCUGACUUGGCAUGAGCCCAUCGCUUGGGCGCUUCUGACGGCCAACACGCUGCUGCUGCUGCUGCUGCUGGGGACCGCCGGCCUGUGUGCCCGGCACCUCCACACCCCCGUCGUGAAGUCGGCCGGGGGCAGGCUGUGCUUCCUCAUGCUGGGCUCCCUGGCGGCCGGGAGCUGCAGCCUCUACGGCUUCUUCGGGGAGCCCACGCUGCCUGCCUGCGUGCUGCGCCGGGCCCCCUUCCUCCUGGGAUCGGCCAUCUUCCUGUCCUGCCUGACAAUUCGCUCCUUCCAGCUGGUCAUCAUCUUCAAGUUUUCCACCAAGGUGCCGUCGUUCUACCACACUUGGGUCCGGAACCACGGUGCUGGCCUGUUUGUGCUGGUCAGUUCAGCGGUGCAGCUGCUCCUCUGUGUAAUUUGGCUUGCAGUGUGGACCCCACUGCCCACCAGGAACUAUCAGCGCUACCCCCACCUGGUGGUGCUGGAGUGUACAGAGGCCAACUCCCCGGGUUUCAUGCUGGCCUUCGCCUACAACGUCUUCCUCUCCGUCUGCGCCUUUGCCUGCAGCUACCUGGGCAAGGAGCUGCCAGAGAACUAUAACGAAGCCAAGUGCGUCACCUUCAGCCUGCUGCUCAACUUCGUGUCCUGGAUCAUCGUCUUCACCAUGGCCAGCGUCUUCCAGGGCAAGUACCUGUCGGCGCUCAGCGUGCUCACCGGGCUCAGCAGCCUGGGCAGCCUCUUCGGCGGUUACUUCCUCCCCAAGUGCUACGUGGUCCUCUGCCGCCCAGACCUCAACAGCACCGAGCACUUCCAGGCCUCCAUCCAGGACUACACGAGGCGCUGCGGUUCCAGCUGAGCCGUGGGCCAGGCGGGGCCAAGCUGAGCCGAGCGGACUGCCAGCCUCCCUGACCCCGAGGGGCGAAGGGUCCAGCGGACUGCGGAGGGCCGGGGGCGUCCGGGAGGCCGUGGGGGCAACUCGGUCUUGGCUUGGGAUGUGUGAGCGCACGGCAGAGCCCAGCCCGGGCUCCAAGCUGCCAAUAAA